AUGGCUCAAUUAGCAGAAAAUACAGUAUUAGAUGAAAGCGUUCAAAAGGUUGAAGUAUUAAAUCAUAAUGGAGAGACUACAAGUUUUUUCAAUGAAAUCGAAAAACAUAAAGAGAACAAUGAAGGUGUUGUAGUUUUUACAUACCCUAAAGCAAAUACCCCAGGAUGUACCAAACAAGCAGAAUUAUUUAAAGAAAAACAUGAAGAAUUUGUAAAUAAAAAAUAUGUUGUUUAUGGUUUGUCUGCAGACACUGCUGAGGAACAACUUAAAUGGAAAGAAAAACUUGAACUUCCAUACGAAUUAUUAUGCGAUGUAGACAAGAAUUUAUUGAAACAAUUAGGUUUAACUAAUGAUGAAGAUAAAACUGUAAGAUCCCACUUUGUUCUUAAAAACGAUUUUACAGUCUCUUAUGUAAAAAAAAGUGUAUCACCAGGAAAGUCUGCAACACAAGUUUUAAACUUUCUUGUGAAUGGUGAUGAUGGAGGUGAUGACAAGGAGGAAGAACAAAAUGAAGAAAAUGAAAAUAAUGAAGAUAAGAAUGAAGAUGAAAAUGAAGAUGCAGAAGGAGAAGAAGAAGGAGAAGAAGAAGAAGGAGAAGGUGAAGGAGAAGACAAUAAUGAAAAUGAAGGUGAAGAAAAAACUACAGAUAAUAAUAAAGAAAAAACCAAGAAAUCAUCCAGUGCACAAAAAAAAAAAGGUAGUGUUAGUAGUACUGUUUCUAGAAAAUCAGUAAAAAGAAGUAGCAAAGUUGCUAAAAAAAAUGUUAAAGUUAAAAAAGAUAUAAAAAAAAAAACAAAUAAAAAAGCUGAUAACAAAAAAGGAAAAAAUAUGAACAGCAAACUUUCCAAAGCUAAUGUUAAAGGUGCUAACAAAAAAAGUGGAAAAAAAAAUAGCAUUGUUAAAAAAGAAGAUAACAAAAAAAAAGGAAAAAAUAAUAAUAAUAAUAAGAAAAAUAAAAAUCUAAAAGAUCUUAAAAACAAAAAUAUGAAAUCAGGAAAAGCAAGUGUAUCAUCAUCACAUAAAAAAUUAGCUAAGGGAUUAAAAGAUGCUGCUAAAAAAGUUGUAAAAAAAAUAGACAAAAAAAAAGAACAAGCCAACAAAAAAAAUAACAAAACUAAAAAUAUAGCAAAAGGAAAUAAUAUGAAGAAUAACAAAAAACCAGCCAAAAAAGUUGUAAAGAAAAAGUAA